AUGGAAAUUCUCGAAUAUUCCACACAAAGAGGAGAAUUUAAAUUACUUCACGUAGAAGAAUAUUUACAUCAAUACGUAGACAAUAAGUGGACUCAGAGUUUUUUACCUUAUGCCGUUCCCAUGUCAAUUGCAUACAUAAUAAUUACUUUUUCUUUGCAAAAUUAUAUGAAGUCCAGGCCUCCUUUCCAGCUUCGUUGGCAACUUGUCAUCUGGAAUAUACUACUGGCGGCAUUCAGUAUUUGUGGCACUUUAAGAUUGCUUCCAGGGUUGUGGAUUUUAAUUCGAGAGUUCGGAUUUACGUUCUCCGUGUGUAAUCUCAGCUUUUCAUUAAAAUAUCACCCGCUUGCAUUCUGGAUGUCUUUAUUUACAUGGUCAAAACUCAUUGAAUUCGGAGAUACAAUGUUUAUUGUCCUUCGUAAACGUAAGGUCAUAUUUUUGCAUUGGUAUCAUCACGCUUUAACUCUGAUUUCAAUAUGGUAUCUUAAUUCCAAUGAAUCGUCCAGCAUAUAUUGGUGUAUGACGAUGAACAUGUUUGUACACAGCUUCAUGUAUACUUAUUAUGCUGUGAUGGCAAUGAAGGUAAAAGUACCUGUCUUUAUUGCAAUGACCAUUACUAUAAUGCAAAUUGCUCAAAUGUUUGUGGGUUGUUUUAUUAAUUUAUUAGCCACAUACAUGUAUUAUAGCGGAAAGUAUUGCGAACAAACCAACACGGCUCUAUUGUUGUUUAAUGGCAUGCUUUUCUCUUACGCUUGGUUGUUUUGUCGCUUCUUUCGAGAUUCAUAUUUGAAGAAAACAAAACCUUCAAACUUGCUUCAUCAAAAAUGUCAUUAA